CCCGAGAGGCCGGCGUCUCUCCCCCAGUUUGCCGUUCACCCGGAGCGCUCGGGACUUGCCGAUAGUGGUGACGGCGGCAACAUGUCUGUGGCUUUCGCGGCCCCGAGGCAGCGAGGCAAGGGGGAGAUCACUCCCGCUGCGAUUCAGAAGAUGUUGGAUGACAAUAACCAUCUUAUUCAGUGUAUAAUGGACUCUCAGAAUAAAGGAAAGACCUCAGAGUGUUCUCAGUAUCAGCAGAUGUUGCACACAAACUUGGUAUACCUUGCUACAAUAGCAGAUUCUAAUCAAAAUAUGCAGUCUCUUUUACCAGCACCACCCACACAGAAUAUGCCUAUGGGUCCUGGAGGGAUGAAUCAGAGCGGCCCUCCCCCACCUCCACGCUCUCACAACAUGCCUUCAGAUGGAAUGGUAGGUGGGGGUCCUCCUGCACCGCACAUGCAGAACCAGAUGAACGGCCAGAUGCCUGGGCCUAACCAUAUGCCUAUGCAGGGACCUGGACCCAAUCAACUCAAUAUGACAAACAGUUCCAUGAAUAUGCCUUCAAGUAGCCAUGGAUCCAUGGGAGGUUACAACCAUUCUGUGCCAUCAUCACAGAGCAUGCCAGUACAGAAUCAGAUGACAAUGAGUCAGGGACAACCAAUGGGAAACUAUGGUCCCAGACCAAAUAUGAAUAUGCAGCCAAACCAAGGUCCAAUGAUGCAUCAGCAGCCUCCUUCUCAGCAAUACAAUAUGCCACAGGGAGGCGGACAGCAUUACCAAGGACAGCAGCCACCUAUGGGAAUGAUGGGUCAAGUUAACCAAGGCAAUCAUAUGAUGGGUCAGAGACAGAUUCCUCCCUAUAGACCUCCUCAACAGGGCCCACCACAGCAGUACUCAGGCCAGGAAGACUAUUACGGGGACCAAUACAGUCAUGGUGGACAAGGUCCUCCAGAAGGCAUGAACCAGCAAUAUUACCCUGAUGGAAAUUCACAGUAUGGCCAACAGCAAGAUGCAUACCAGGGACCACCUCCACAACAGGGAUAUCCACCCCAGCAGCAGCAGUACCCAGGGCAGCAAGGUUACCCAGGACAGCAGCAGGGCUACGGUCCUUCACAGGGUGGUCCAGGUCCUCAGUAUCCUAACUACCCACAGGGACAAGGUCAGCAGUAUGGAGGAUAUAGACCAACACAGCCUGGACCACCACAGCCACCCCAGCAGAGGCCUUAUGGAUAUGACCAGGGACAGUAUGGAAAUUACCAGCAGUGAAAAAGUACUUACAUUCCAGUAGCCAGUAUCUAUUAGCAGCCAUAUUGUCACCUCAGCACUGUGGACACCUCCCUGUGAAGAGAUCCUUCCAUUCCAUCUAGUUUUUGGAAAAACCUUGUGGAUAAGUGGCUGUUUCAUCAGUAAGCAGCCUUUGUGGUUUAGUUAUAAAAGGCUUUAGUAGCUCAAAAAUACUCUUGAUUUCACAUUUCUACUCUAGAUGGCAACAUUGGACAGAAAAUGCAAUGACAUAACCAAUUCGUAAUGAUUUUGGAACUGUGUUUCAAAUGGACUGUUACAGACUGAAAGGUGUGAACAGCUUUGUAUGUUUAUGAAGGGUAAGGGAAUUUAAUACUUUUCCACAGAUUUUUUUGUAAGGGGAAGAGGGAAAUGUACACUUUUUACAGCAGCAAUAUUUUGUAUAUUAUGUUUAUUUCAUGUGGUGAAUAUGCAAGGCGGUACACUACGCACUGGACAGCAUCAGAAAUCCUCUGUUAAUGUGGACUGGAGCAUGGUAGAUGCUUGAUUGUUUUGGUCUCAAAAUGGUGUGCUAUAAAGAUAAAGGUGAGGGGAAGACAAAGCACACCAUAUGUCCACUGUUCUGUUCUCAUAGAGGAAAUUCAAAUCCCUUUUAUCUAUUAGAUAAUCAAGGGCACUGUGAUACAGUUUUGAGUAAAAAGACAUUUUUUAAAAGCC